CCUGACUUCACUUCCGGCUAACGCGCUCUGCUUGCCCCCUGGCCCCGGAUGGUGACUGGUGGUGGUGCUGCACCUCCCGGGACUGUCACUGAGCCGCUUCCCAGUGUGAUUGUGCUGAGCGCAGGCCGGAAGAUGGCGGCUGCGGCUGCUGCGGCCUCUGGCCCGGGCUGCUCCUCGGCGGCGGGGGCGGGAGCGGCCGGGGUCUCCGAGUGGCUGGUGCUGCGGGACGGCUGCAUGCGCUGCGACGCCGACGGGCUGCACAGCCUCUCCUACCACCCGGCGCUCAACGCCAUCCUGGCCGUGACCAGUCGCGGGACCAUCAAAGUCAUCGACGGCACCUCAGGGGCCACCCUGCAGGCCUCGGCUCUCAGCGCUAAACCAGGUGGACAGGUGAAAUGUCAGUAUAUUUCUGCCGUGGAUAAAGUAAUUUUUGUGGAUGAUUAUGCAGUAGGGUGUAGGAAGGACCUUAAUGGAAUCUUGUUGUUAGACACUGCUCUGCAAACUCCAGUUUCAAAGCAAGAUGAUGUGGUUCAGCUUGAAUUACCUGUCACAGAGGCACAACAGCUCUUAUCGGCAUGUUUAGAAAAGGUAGAUGUUUCUAGUACGGAGGGUUAUGAUUUGUUCAUCACACAGCUCAAAGAUGGUUUGAAAAAUACAUCUCAUGAGACUGCAGCAAACCACAAAGUUGCUAAGUGGGCCACAGUUACAUUUCAUCUUCCUCAUCAUGUGUUGAAGUCCAUUGCCAGUGCCAUUGUGAAUGAACUUAAGAAAAUAAAUCAAAAUGUUGCUGCCUUACCUGUGGCUUCCUCGGUGAUGGACAGAUUGUCUUACCUCUUACCUAGUGCACGUCCAGAACUUGGGGUGGGGCCAGGCCGUUCUGUGGACAGAUCAUUGAUGUAUAGUGAAGCUAACAGACGGGAGACGUUUACCUCAUGGCCUCAUGUAGGGUAUAGAUGGGCACAGCCAGAUCCCAUGGCUCAAGCUGGAUUUUAUCAUCAGCCUGCCUCAUCUGGAGAUGAUAGAGCCAUGUGUUUUACUUGUAGUGUAUGUCUCGUUUGUUGGGAACCUACUGAUGAACCUUGGUCUGAACAUGAGAGACAUUCCCCAAACUGCCCGUUUGUGAAAGGUGAGCAUACACAGAAUGUACCAUUGUCGGUCACUCUUGCAACAAGUCCUGCACAGUUUCCUUGCACGGAUGGAACUGACCGAAUAUCUUGCUUUGGGUCCGGGAGCUGCCCUCACUUUUUAGCUGCUGCAACAAAACGAGGAAAGAUCUGUAUAUGGGAUGUUUCCAAACUUAUGAAGGUGCACUUAAAGUUUGAAAUUAAUGCAUACGAUCCAGCAAUUGUACAACAGCUUAUUCUGUCGGGAGAACCAAACUCGGCAGUCGAAUCCAGGAGACCAACUUUGGCAUGGCUGGAAGACUCCUCUAGUUGCUCAGAUAUACCAAAGUUGGAAGGAGAUAGUGAUGAUUUACUGGAGGAUUCAGACAGUGAAGAGCAUUCCAGAUCAGAUUCUGUGACAGGGCAUACAUCACAGAAGGAAGCCAUGGAAGUGAGCCUUGAUAUAACAGCACUCAGCAUCCUCCAGCAGCCAGAAAAGCUUCAGUGGGAGAUUGUUGCAAAUGUGCUUGAAGAUACUGUUAAGGAUCUUGAAGAACUUGGGGCAAAUCCUUGCUUAACCAGCUCUAAGAGUGAAAAGACAAAGGAGAAGCACCAGGAACAACAUAACAUUCCCUUUCCGUGUUUAUUAGCUGGAGGUUUAUUAACCUAUAAAUCUCCUGCUACCUCACCCAUUAGUAGUAAUUCUCACAGGUCACUGGAUGGUUUAAGCAGAACUCAGGGUGAAAGUAUAUCAGAACAAGGGUCAACUGACAAUGAAUCCUGCACUAACUCAGAAUUAAAUUCUCCUCUGGUAAGGAGGACUUUACCCAUUUUGCUUCUUUAUAGCAUCAAGGAAUCUGAUGAGAAAGCAGGAAAAAUCUUUUCACAGAUGAACAAUAUAAUGAGUAAAAGUUUGCAUGAUGAUGGUUUUACAGUUCCACAGAUCAUUGAAAUGGAGCUGGAUAGUCAGGAGCAGUUGUUGUUGCAGGACCCGCCUGUGACUUACAUUCAGCAGUUUGCAGAUGCGGCAGCCAACCUUACCUCUCCAGAUUCUGAGAAGUGGAACUCUGUGUUUCCCAAGCCUGGGACUUUGGUGCAGUGUUUGAGGCUGCCAAAGUUUGCAGAGGAGGAGAAUCUUUGUAUAGACUCAAUAACUCCUUGUGCUGAUGGAAUUCAUUUAUUGGUAGGACUGCGGACAUGCCCUGUUGAAUCCUUGAGUGCAAUAAAUCAAGUAGAGGCCUUGAAUAACUUAAAUAAAUUAAACUCUGCACUAUGUAAUAGACGGAAAGGUGAGCUGGAAUCAAAUCUUGCUGCAGUGAAUGGUGCAAAUAUUAGUAUAAUUCAACAUGAAUCACCAGCAGAUGUACAGACUCCUUUGAUAAUUCAACCUGAGCAGAGGAACGUUAGUGGUGGAUAUUUAAUACUUUAUAAGAUGAAUUAUGCCACUCGGAUAGUGACAUUAGAAGAGGAGCCAAUAAAAAUCCAGCAUAUCAAAGAUCCCCAGGACACAAUUACCUCGCUCAUUUUGCUUCCACCAGAUAUAUUGGAUAACCGAGAGGAUGACUAUGAGGAGCCUCUUGAGGAGAUGCAGUUAACCUCAAAGAACGGGGUUGAGAGAGGAAAAAAGUCUGAUAUUUCUACUCUUGGACACCUGGUCAUAACCACUCAGGGAGGAUAUGUAAAAAUACUAGAUCUUUCAAACUUUGAAAUUUUGGCCAAAGUGGAACCUCCAAAAAAGGAGGGCACCGAGGAACAGGACGCGUUCGUUUCCGUCAUUUACUGCUCGGGCACAGACAGGCUGUGUGCGUGCACCAAAGGUGGUGAGCUUCAUUUUCUCCAAAUUGGAGGAACCUGUGAUGAUAUUGAUGAAGCUGACAUACUAGUGGAUGGAUCUCUUUCUAAAGGAAUAGAGCCGUCUUCAGAAGGUUCCAAACCUUUAUCAAAUCCUUCAAGUCCUGGCAUUUCAGGAGUUGAUUUAUUGGUGGACCAGCCCUUCACCGUUGACAUCUUGACAUCUCUAGUGGAGCUAACCCGCUUUGAGACUUUGACGCCACGGUUUUCAGCUACUGUUCCGCCCUGCUGGGUGGAAGUUCAGCAAGAACAGCAGCAAAGGAGGCAUCCUCAACAUUUGCAUCAGCAGCAUCAUGGGGAUGCUGCUCAGCAUACUAGAACUUGGAAACUACAGACUGACAGCAACAGCUGGGAUGAACAUGUAUUUGAAUUGGUUCUACCUAAAGCUUGUAUGGUUGGACAUGUGGACUUCAAAUUUGUUUUGAACUCAAACAUCACCAAUAUUCCACAGAUACAAGUGACACUGCUGAAAAAUAAAGCUCCAGGCUUAGGGAAAGUCAAUGCUCUUAACAUUGAAGUGGAACAAAAUGGGAAACCGUCCCUGGUUGAUUUGAAUGAAGAAAUGCAGCACAUGGAUGUAGAGGAAUCACAGUGUCUUAGAUUAUGUCCAUUUUUAGAAGAUCAUAAAGAAGACAUUCUCUGUGGGCCAGUGUGGCUUGCUAGUGGCCUUGAUCUGUCGGGGCAUGCUGGGAUGUUGACAUUAACAAGCCCCAAACUUGUUAAAGGUAUGGCAGGAGGAAAAUAUCGUUCGUUUUUGAUCCAUGUCAAGGCAGUGAAUGAAAGAGGAACAGAUGAGAUCUGUAAUGGUGGUAUACGUCCUGUAGUAAGACUUCCAUCCCUGAAACACCAGAGUAACAAGGGGUAUUCACUUGCUUCACUCUUGGCAAAAGUUGCAGCAGGCAAGGAAAAAUCCUCUAAUGUUAAAAAUGAAAAUACAAGUGGCACCCGUAAAUCUGAAAACCUCCGGGGCUGUGACUUACUUCAAGAAGUCUCAGUCACCAUCCGAAGAUUUAAGAAAACUUCAAUUUCUAAAGAGAGAGUGCAGCGAUGUGCCAUGUUGCAGUUUUCAGAAUUUCAUGAGAAGCUUCUCAACACUUUGUGUAGAAAAGCAGAUGAUGGCCAAAUCACAGAACAUGCCCAGAGUCUUGUGUUAGAUAUUCUUUGUUGGUUAGCUGGAGUACAUUCGAAUGGACCUGGAAGCUCGAAGGAAGGAAAUGAAAGCCUGCUUUCAAAAACACGAAAAUGUCUUUCAGACAUUGUACGUGUUUGCUUCUUUGAGGCAGGACGAAGCAUAGCCCACAAGUGUGCUCGAUUUCUAGCCUUGUGCAUCAGUAAUGGCAAGUGCGACCCAUGUCAACCUGGAUUUGGAUCUGUUCUGUUGAAGGCCUUACUUGAUAAUAUGUCGUUUUUACCCGCAGCAGCAACUGGUGGUUCUGUCUAUUGGUAUUUUGUCUUACUGAAUUAUGUUAAAGAUGAUGAUUUGGCUGGGUGCAGCACUGCAUGUGCGUCUCUGCUUACUGCUGUGUCCAGACAGUUGCAGGACAGGUUAACACCAAUGGAGGCUUUGCUUCAGACAAGAUAUGGAUUGUAUAGUUCACCAUUCGAUCCAGUCCUCUUUGAUUUGGAGAUGAGUGGCUCUUCUUGCAAAAAUGUGUACAACAGCAGCAUUGGUGUCCAGUCUGAUGAAAUUGAUUUGUCAGAUGUCCUUUCAGGAAGUGGAAAGGUUAGCAGCUGCGCAGCGGCUGAAGGUAGCUUCACGUCUCUCACUGGACUUCUAGAAGUUGAACCGCUGCACUUUUCUUGUGUGUCAACUAGUGAUGGAACAAGAAUAGAAAGGGAUGAUGCAAGUACGUUUACUGUGAGCUCCUUCGGGGUCGCUCCUGCCGCGGGCGGACUGGCGUCGGGGACGGCGGGGGAAGCCUCGACGGCCCUGAGCUCGGCGGCCCAGGUAGCUUUGCAGUCUCUCUCUCAUGCCAUGGCUUCAGCCGAGCAGCAGCUGCAGGUGCUGCAGGAGAAACAGCAGCAGCUUUUGAAGCUUCAGCAACAGAAAGCAAAGCUGGAAGCCAAGUUACAUCAGACAACAGCUGCAGCAGCUGCAGCAGCGUCAGCAGCAUCAGCAGUAGGUCCUGUUCACAACUCUGUGCCUUCCAACCCAGUGGCAGCCCCUGGAUUCUUCAUUCAUCCAUCUGAUGUUAUUCCACCCACUCCAAAAACAACACCACUUUUUAUGACUCCACCACUCACCCCACCCAAUGAAGCAGUUUCCGUUGUGAUUAAUGCCGAACUUGCACAGCUUUUCCCAGGCUCAGUUAUUGAUCCCCCAACAGUCAAUCUUGCUGCACAUAACAAAAAUUCCAACAAGUCCAGAAUGAAUCCACUUGGUUCUGGUCUAGCCCUUGCAAUUUCUCAUGCUUCACAUUUUCUUCAACCUCCGCCUCACCAGUCCAUUAUUAUAGAGCGAAUGCAUUCAGGAGCAAGGAGAUUUGUGACCUUGGAUUUUGGCAGACCAAUACUAUUGACAGACGUAUUGAUUCCCACUUGUGGAGACUUGGCCUCCUUGUCAAUUGACAUUUGGACAUUAGGAGAAGAGGUCGAUGGGAGGCGAUUGGUAGUGGCAACUGAUAUUAGCACCCAUUCACUAAUUCUUCAUGAUUUGAUACCACCUCCAGUGUGCAGAUUCAUGAAGAUCACUGUCAUUGGACGUUAUGGAAGUACAAAUGCCAGAGCUAAAAUCCCAUUAGGAUUUUACUAUGGUCAUACUUAUAUCUUGCCUUGGGAGAGUGAACUGAAAUUAAUGCAUGAUCCUCUGAGGGGAGAGGGAGAAUCUGCAAACCAACCAGAAAUUGACCAGCAUUUAGCCAUGAUGGUUGCUCUACAGGAGGAUAUACAGUGCAGGUAUAACUUAGCUUGUCAUCGACUGGAAACUCUUUUGCAAAGUAUUGAUCUUCCUCCUCUCAACAGCGCUAACAACGCACAGUACUUUUUGAGAAAGCCAGACAAGGCAGUCGAGGAGGACAGUCGAGUUUUUUCUGCAUAUCAGGACUGUAUCCAGCUACAGCUUCAGCUAAAUUUGGCUCAUAAUGCAGUGCAGAGGCUCAAAGUGGCUCUUGGUGCAAGUAGGAAGAUGUUAAAUGAAACAUCAGACCCAAAAGAUUUAAUUCAGACGUCUUCCACAGAGCAGUUACGUACCAUCAUCAGAUAUUUAUUGGACACUUUGCUCAGCCUUCUUCACUCUUCCAAUGGACACUCUGUUCCUGCAGUUUUGCAGAGUACGUUCCAUGCCCAGGCCUGUGAAGAGCUUUUUAAACACCUGUGCAUCAGUGGAACCCCAAAGAUACGGUUGCAUACUGGUCUUCUACUUGUUCAGCUGUGUGGUGGUGAAAGAUGGUGGGGCCAGUUUCUUUCCAAUGUUCUUCAGGAAUUGUACAAUUCCGAGCAGCUUCUCAUCUUCCCACAGGAUCGGGUCUUCAUGUUACUUUCCUGCAUUGGUCAGAGAUCACUUAGUAACAGUGGAGUAUUAGAAAGCUUACUUAAUCUGUUGGAUAACUUACUGUCACCUCUUCAGCCACAGUUACCCAUGCAUAGGAGGACAGAAGGAGUGCUAGAUAUCCCCAUGAUCAGUUGGGUGGUUAUGCUCGUGUCCAGGUUGCUGGAUUAUGUGGCAACUGUGGAAGAUGAAGCAGCAGCUGCAAAGAAACCUUUGAAUGGUAAAGACAGGGAGAGGUUUAUGACAG